AGUUUGACUACUAGACGUAAUUUCUCACAUGCCCACUAUAGUUUCAUCCUAGUAGUGGAUCACUUUCUUGGUGCGCCAAGGAUCGAUAUUAAAACCAUAAUGAAACUGAGUUGAAUAAUAACCGAGCGUGUUGUGGUGCAACAUUGAUACACUCGGGAAUAAGGAAGACAUAACUUGAUCAUGUGAGAAAUAUUGGAAUACUUUUCCCUUUGUCAGAGAGGUGGAGUGUCUGUGUACGUCACCAGCAGACUCACCAGCUGUAACCGUGGUAGCUGAUGGAGCCAAGAUGGAGGAACUCCUAGAGUCGCUGGAGAGAACCCUGCAGAGGCCUCUAUUGGCUAAAUCGCGGACCCUUCCCAGCAUCCCCCAGUCCCCUGCUGCCGCCAGGGUCCACCGCUCCAACCUGAUUGGUGGAAGCCCCCCAGGCAGGACAAUCCUGCCCUCCAUCUCCCAUCAACCUAAAGCCUGCACACUGCCCCCUGCAGGCGAGCUGUGGAGGCUGGAGGACGACGGGGAGGUGGCAUCCAUGAUGGAGGGGGCGGGGCCAGGUCGUGGGGACGGAGCCUGCCCGGAGCCCCGCCCCCGCUCCCAGUCGCCCUUCUCCCAGCUGCGGGCGCGGGCGGCCUACCUGAGGAAGAGCCUGUCGGUGGACGACCACCUGGGCGUGGCCUCGGAGCCCGGCACUCACAGGCAGCCUCGCGCCGCCAAGGGCAAGCUGAAGAGGAAGUUUAGUUUGGGCUCAGCGGACAGAAAGGAGGCCCAGCAGAAAAAGUCUGAGUCAGGCAUCUCUAAACUGACCCACCGCCUGUCCCUGAAAGAGCGGCCGGCCAAGACCAACAAGUCUGAGCAGGAGCCGCCACCGACCUAUAGGAGGCGCUCCCUCAGUCUGGACUGCUGA